AUGGACGAACAAGACCAUUCACGAUCCGGCACCUCCAGUGAUGCCGCAUCCUGGAACCAAGCCUCCUCCUCCGACCUCAACCUCCCGCGGGACCCCAAGAUGGAGCGUUCAAGUUCAUCCAACCUGAGGUCUGCCUUUCGAAAUACGCUGAUAAAUGCCUCGUCCACCGUCCGCUCCAUAACCCCCGACCCUGUCGAGCCUCCCAUCGUCAGUGUGACUGGAGAGUCGCAACAGACCCCGCGAGGUUCCUCUUCACAACAGAGCUCGCCCCGGACUAUACCCUCCGGGCCAACUCGCAGGCAAGGCAUGGUUUUCAACGAAGUUUUCAGCGAUUCGUACGAAAGCAGUGAAUCCAGCCCUCCGCGUCAACACCUACGGCACACAAGCGGAAGUCUGCGGCCCAGGACACGCACUAUGGAUACUUCUAUGCUAGCACAAAGAAGUGUACCACCACCUACAUCAGAACGACAUCGAGUCGGCAGCGUGAGCUCAUCAGGCUCAUUACACCCGGCAGAUGAGUUAAGGCCGCAACUCACCUCAUUGGAUUCGCUACAUCACUCUGUGAUAACAGGGCGAGAUCCUUUAGUACCCAAAGAUAAAAAGUCCAGAAGACUCAUGAAAAGGCAAUCAGCUCGAACUACCUCGCCUCUUAUUUCUCCGCCACCUACCGUUGACUCACUACCUUUACCUAUAGCUACUGAUGACGCAAAUAAGAUCCUGCUCCUCAUGAGAACUCUAUGCGGUCGAAUGCGCGGCGAGAUCGAAUACCAGGGUGAAUCUGGCGGACCUUGGCACAGUGGUGUGGCUUAUAUAGAAGAGGAAAAGGGCUGCCUCAUGUUUGACUCUGGGCAGAAUGGUCCCUUCCAUAUCCCCCUAGUUUCCGAUCUCCGCGGCUGCAGGGUCCUCCCUGUCGACUAUCCCGAACUGACCAAGGAAUGCCUCGAGUUGGUCUGCCUACAACCCCCUGUGGAAAUUCUAAUAUGCCCUCUUGUGCCAGAGGAGUUCGAUCUAUGGUUGGCAGCUUUAUUAUGCUGGCAACAACUACGCCCGACAGGUGUCAAGCUUGCCAAUGGUAAGCCAGCCAGCCAGGUGACGCCGAUGAGACCGGAGCUCAAAAGACAUGGCUGGUCACAGGAGAAGAACAAGCCUACGAAUAUUAUCAAGGUCGGCAAGGUGAUGCUUUGGGACAAGGGUUUGGCAGUUUCACCAAGGGCGAUUGUCAAGCGGCCGUCAACGAGAGAUUUGCGGUCGCCUACUACAUCAUGGAGGAGAGUCUCUUGUAUUCUCCAGGACAGUGGCGAGUUCAAACUCAUGACAGAGAACGAUGUGACGGUUCUAUCCAUUAUCGACCUCUCGCAGCUCUCCCGGUGUGCUGUUCAGCAACUCGACCGCACAGUACUCGAUGAGGAAUAUUGCAUUGCCAUUUUCCCAAUUUACUCUUCAACAUCGACACACCUCUCUAUCUUCCGACCCGUUUACCUAGCGCUCGACAGCAGAGUUCAUUUUGAAGUUUGGCUUUGCUUACUCCGGGCAUUUGCAGUACCAGAUAUCUACCACCUUGACGAUCCUAACACGUCUCAAAUUUUGGAACUAGACGAUAUUGAAUCCGAGUAUGAGGGCGAGGUGUUUCGUCUUGAAAAGACAAUCAGUGUCAGGGUUACUGAAGCGAAGAUUAAGGCCAGACCGGGUGGUGCUGGGGGGAUGGAGCCGACCAUACACGAAAAGCCAGGACGACCAGAGCCUGACCACCUGAUCGGAAACUACCUGGCCGAAGUUAUACUAGAUGGCGAAGUUCGGGCGAGAACGACAACUAAAACAGGGACCAAGAAUCCUUUCUGGAGAGAAGAGUGCGAGUUUACCGAUCUACCGCCCUCCACGCCUUUAUUAUCUGUUGUGUUGAAAAGAGUCGAGGGUAACAUGGAAAGCUCAAGCAACCUACUCCAGGCUUCUGUGGGAUUACCUCGAACACGAAACCUGCAGGAGUUUGUAGUCGGGGCUGUCGAUAUUUCUCUCGAUCAUCUUGAACGCGGCAAGGAUAGUGAGCAGUGGCUCCAGAUACUUGACGAGAAGCAAAACUCAGUUGGGCAGAUGCUAGUCAAGGUGAACCACGAUGAGCACGUUGUGCUUCUGUCGAAGGAAUACCAACCUCUCACGGACAUAUUACAUCGUUUCCCCGCAGGAUUGACGACCCAAAUCUCGGCUGUACUACCCGGACAGCUGCGUCGAUUGUCGGAGCUAUUUCUCAACAUUUUCCAGGUGUCCGGCUCGGCUAGUGAGUGGCUCAUGGCAUUAGUCGAAGACGAAAUCGAUGGCAUUGGUAAUCAAGCCUCCAUGAAGAAGUACCGCUUCAGCAGCCGUCUCAAGUCGAACGAUUCUAUCGACGCCGCAACAGAUCGCGAGCUCAUUGUCCGAGAUAUGAGCAAGUCUCUUGCUGGAGAAGCGAAUCUCCUUUUCCGCGGCAACUCAUUACUAACACAGUCUCUUGAGUUUCAUAUGCGCCGCCUGGGCAAGGAGUAUCUGGAGGAGAUUCUGCAAGAAAAGCUGUUUGAGAUUAACGAGAUCAACCCGAACUGUGAAGUCGACCCCAGCAAGAUCCCCCACGAAUCGGAUCUAGACCAACACUGGACUGUCCUUAUCCAUUACACGACAGAAGUGUGGAAGUGCAUCGCCAGCUCAGCCAACCGAUUACCCCCUGACCUACGGCAUAUACUUAAGUACAUCAGGGCAGUUGCCGAAGACCGCUAUGGAGACUUCUUGCGUACAGUUACAUACACAUCGGUAUCUGGUUUCUUAUUCCUCCGCUUCAUCUGCCCGGCCAUUCUUUCGCCAAAGUUGUUCAAUCUCCUGCGCGACCACCCUCGACCUCAAGCCCAACGAACGUUCACGCUCAUUGCGAAAGCACUGCAGAAGCUGGCGAAUCUGUCCAACUUUGGAAAACGAGAGGAAUGGAUGGAGCCUAUGAAUCGCUUCUUGAAUGUCCAGAGACAAUCUGUUCGCGACUACAUCGACCAAGUGUGCAGCAUUCCUGCUGAUCGCAGCACCAACUUUGUCCCAGCCGGUUACAGCACGCCUGUUACUAUCCUAGGCCGCCUGAGCCCUUCUUCCAAGGAGGGAUUCCCAAGCCUUCCAUACCUGAUCGAUGACACAAGAAACCUAGCGAGUCUUGUUAAGCUAUGGGUAGACGCCAAACCAGUCGAUGAUAAGAGGAAUGAGGUGGAUCAGGAGCUCCUUGGGUUCAACGACAUCUGCUUCGCCCUUCAGCAACGCGCCGAUGCCUGUCUUGCGAAAGUAGAAACCGAACGCGCCAGCGAAACCGCCACAAAUGCCACCACAGAAGACGUCGCCGAGUCCAUUGAACAAGGCUCAUUGAUUGAAUCCCUCUCCAUUUCUUACGGCGGCUCCUCAACAGCAUGGAACGAUAUAUACGAGCCUCCCCCUCCCGGCAGCUCUGGCAGCGAAGUCAAUGACGAGAGCGCAACGCGCAGCCGACGACGUAGCAAAGAGCGCCGUCGUCACCAUCACCACCACAGAGAAGGCUGGGAGCACCGCAAGCAGAGACAGGGAAGCGCGUCUGGGAGCGCAAGUGGCACGAUCAAGGCUAAGAACGGACGUGUAGGACGAACGAUUCUCAGCGGCAUCAUGCGCAUAGGCGGGCGCGGCGAGAGCCCUGAGGGCAAGGAUUCCGCAAAGCAUCACAAAUGA